GCGACCGAGUCAAUACCAAGACUCAUCCUGCUACCAGAUCAAAAGAGAAGAUGGCACAGGACUCGGGUUACGUCUAUAAAAUUGGCACAUCCUUUCCCGAGGGACUUGAUGGCAGGGCCUUUCCAUUGUCUGACUUGGACAAGGUAAAUGACGGCUUCAUCCAUCUGUCUACGAAAGCACAAGUGCCUGGCACUGUAGGGCGCUUCUUCAAGGAUAUCAACGAGAUUGUGCUGCUCAAGAUCCCAGUUGCGCGGAUCCAGGACAAGACCAAAUGGGAGGCUUCUUCCUCGCAUGGCAUCUUUCCUCACAUAUACGGUGACUUGUUGGAAAGUGAUGUGCAGGAGCGCAAGACAUUCAAGACGGAGGAUGCGUCAAAGUGGGAAGCCAUGCUCAACGAGUCUGCUUGGUUGGAGUAAGUAGCAGAGAGUCCCAAGCCAUUGCCUGUAGACUAUUAUUACACUGCCCGCUUCAUGUCUCGUCUGGUUCGCUUCGGGUGGCGCUUCUGGAUGUGUCAAAUCUCACCGAAGCACGCCCAGGAACCGGUACUCC